AUGGAGUUUGACACAGAAGAAGAAGCUUAUCAUUUCUAUAAUGCUUAUGCUUACAAGAUAGGUUUUAGCAUUCGAAGAAGUAAAAUGCAUAAAGAUUUAGAAGGGUGGAUAACAAAUAGAGUAUUUUGUUGUUCAUGUGAAGGUUAUCGUGAAAAAGAUAAACGAGAUGUCACGGUGAAAUCUCAUCGUGCUGAAACAAGAUUUGGUUGUCUAGCACGAAUGAAAAUUUAUCAUCAAAAUGGUAAAUAUCAUGUGGUUGAGUUUAUUAUUGAUCAUGCACAUAUGACAUCAAGUCCUAGUAAAAGUCAUUUACAUAGAUCUCAAAGGAAAUUGACUCUUUCUCAAGCAUCUGAAAUUGAUUUAGCUGACAUCUCAGGGAUUCCUCCCAAGGCAAGUUAUGACUUGAUGGCUAGGCGAGUGGGUGGGCGUGAGAACCUUGGAUAUACCAUUGAUGAUUGUAGGAACUAUUUGCAAACUAAACGAACAAUUCAAAUGAGAUCAGGAGAUACUAGAGGUAACGCCAGGAAAAAAGCCAAAGACUAUUCUCACAGACCAAGAUGCAUCAAUGACAAAAGCUUUAUCUUCUCAAUGGCCAGAAACAACUCAUCGCCUAUGUAUUUGGCAUAUAUACAAAACGCUGCAAAACAUCUUAGUGGAGUUUUUGAACAUUUUCGAGAAUUUACUAAGGAUUUUAGUAGUUGUAUCUAUGACUAUGAAGAAAAGGAUGAAUUCUUUGAAGCUUGGAAUAAUAUGCUUAAGAAAUAUGAUCUUAGCAGUAACAAAUGGUUGCGAGAUAUGUUUGAUUUAAAGGAAAAAUGGGCAUUAGUAUAUGGAAGAGAGACAUUUUGUGCGGAUAUGACAACCACUCAGCGAAGUGAAAGUAUGAAUAAUGUGAUUAAGAAUCAUGUUAGUUAUAAGUAUGACAUUCCGAGAUUUUUUCAGCAUUUUCAAAGGUUAGUUGAGGAUCGUCGACAUGAUGAAUUGAAAGCUGAUUUCAACGCAACCCAACGUGCAUUGUCACUAUCUUUGCCAAUAGAAAUAUUGAAGCAUGCAUCCAUUGUUUACACUCCAGCUGUAUUUAGAAUGUUUGAAAGAGAAUUGUGCAAAGCUUGUGAUUGUGCUAUGAACAUUCAAAAUGAGGUCGGAACAGUGACAGAGUAUAAAAUUACCCCUCAUGGAAAGCAUUUAAAUCAUAUUGUUAUGUAUGAUUCUUCCAAUGGGACAGUGACAUGCAGUUGCAAGAAAAUUAAUUUUGCAGGAAUUUUGUGUGCGCAUAUUUUGAAAGUAUAUUCAUCUAGAAAUGUCAAAAGAAUUCCUUAUCAAUAUAUUUUGAAAAGGUGGACAAAUUAUUCUAAAACAGGAAAUUCUACAACUGAGCAGGGUGAGAGUAUGUCGGUUGGGGAUGCAAAAAAAAAUAAUGGGAAGACGCUACAAAGAAUUGUGCAGAAUGCAAACUCAUAUAGCAACAAAAGCUGCAAAAGAUGA